GGCGAUGGCGAACCGCGAAGCCCGGGCGGUGACGAGAGCAGCGGCUCCGCCAUUGGGCGCGGAGGCCUGAGGGACGGGCCAGCUGGGUGCACUGGGACACCGAACCUCGCGGCCCCGAGAGAGCUUAGGGCUAUGGAGGCCAACAUUCCGAAGCGGAAGGAGACGGGCAAGUCUCUCCGCAUCAAAGUCAUCUCCAUGGGCAACGCCGAAGUGGGGAAAAGCUGUAUUAUAAAGCGAUACUGUGAGAAAAGAUUUGUGUCUAAAUACCUGGCAACAAUUGGAAUUGACUAUGGAGUCACAAAGGUCCAAGUCAGAGACAGAGAAAUCAAAGUUAACAUCUUUGAUAUGGCUGGACACCCCUUCUUCUAUGAGGUCCGUAAUGAAUUCUACAAGGACACACAGGGUGUGCUACUGGUCUAUGAUGUCGGGCAGAAAGAUUCCUUUGAUGCUCUUGAUGCAUGGCUGGCAGAAAUGAAGCAGGAGCUUGGGCCGCAAGGAAACAUGGACAAUAUUAUAUUUGUAGUAUGUGCCAACAAGAUUGACUGUGCCAAGCACCGCUGUGUUGAUGAAAGCGAGGGCCGUCUUUGGGCAGAGAACAAAGGGUUUCUGUACUUUGAGACAUCAGCACAAACUGGAGAAGGAAUCAAUGAGAUGUUUCAGACCUUUUAUGUGUCCAUAGUCGACUUGUGUGACAAUGGUGGUAAGCGUCCUACCACCAGUAGCAGUGCUGGCUUCACCAAAGAACAAGCAGAUACCAUUAGGAGAAUUCGAAACAGCAAAGACAGUUGGGACAUGCUGGGAGUCAAGCCUGGGACCUCAAGGGAGGAAGUCAAUAAAGCCUACCGGAAACUUGCCGUGCUCCUUCACCCUGACAAAUGUGUGGCACCUGGUAGCGAAGAUGCCUUCAAAGCAGUUGUGAACGCCCGAACAGCCCUCCUGAAAAACAUCAAGUAGAAGGAUGAGCCAACAACAGGCGAGGGCCUAUUCAAGUGCACACAGAUUUUCCUUGAAGUGAAAUACCCAGCAUGGAUUCCUCACACGUGCUCGCUGCUCUGUGCAUUCAUGUCCUUCCAUUUAAAAAUUAAGGAUUUGGAGGCCUGUUAACCAUCUUGUAGGCAUUUUAGAGUGAGAUGACCUGCAUUUGUAAGCAGUGAGGAGAAUUACACAUCUCUUAUGCACCAGAGCUCAUUUCUUAUUGCUAGAUAACUUUAGUUUUGUUCUCAUUUCUCAUUUGUAAGCUCUGUAGCAUCCCCUAGGCACUUCGCUUGGGAAAGUCCAUGACGUUUCUAGAGAGGAUAGGCAGGACAGCAGGACCCCUCCUUUCCUCCUUCCAUCCUUCCCACCCUUCUUUCCUACUGCACCAAAGGAGACAAAAGCUGGGUGUGGUAGCCUACACCUUCAAUACCACUCUAGAGGCAAAGGUAGGAGGAAGGCUAUGAGGUUGAGGCCAGCCUGGACUAGAGUGAGAACUUACCUCAAAAAUAAAAAGAAACUAA